AUGGAGAUCGAAGAGCCCUCCGAUGGUCGCGGUAAACUCCGCGUCGCGGCCAUCAUGCUAGCACUAUCGUUAUCCAUGUUCAUUGCAGCACUAGACCAAACAAUCAUGGCCACAGCCAUUCCCUCCAUAGCCGCGUAUUUCCAUUCCGCAGCUGGUUAUACCUGGAUUGGAGGCGCUUACCUCCUGGCUAAUGCGGCCAGCGCGUGCAUCUGGGCCAAGCUCUCUGAUAUCUGGGGUCGCAAGCCUAUUCUGCUUUUGGCUGUGGCGUGGUUUUUCGUCAGUUCGAUCGUUUGUGCUACGGCGACGAGUAUGGAGGCGUUGAUUAUUGGGCGCUCGUUUCAGGGUGUCGCUGGUGGUGGGUUGCUUCAGCUGGUUACUAUCAUUAUCUCGGAUUUGUUCAGUGUGAGACAUCGCAGUCUUUACCUUGGUCUGAUGGAGGUGAUGUGGGCUUUUGCCGGUGGCGUGGGUCCGUUGUUGGGAGGUGCGUUCUCGCAGUAUGUGACUUGGAGAUGGACCUUUUGGAUCAAUUUGCCUAUCUCGGGAGUCACAUUUAUCCUCUUGUUCUUCUUUUUGGAUGUGCAUAAUCCGAAGACGAAGAUGAUGGAUGGAUUCCGGGCCAUCGAUUGGUUCGGCAGUGCGUCGGUGCUAGGUCUGACUCUGAUGUUACUGCUUGGAUUGGACUUUGGCGGUGGGACAUUCGCCUGGAAGUCGCCUCAGGUCAUUUGUUUGAUUAUCUUUGGAGCUCUGUGCUCGUUGCUUUUCAUCUACAGUGAGAAGAAGCUGGCCAAGUACCCGCUGAUGCCGAUGGAUAUCUUCGCGCGCUUCUCAAACGUCGCAACUUUGCUGGUGACGUUUGCGCAUGGAUUCGUUUUCAUCGCUGGAGAGUACUACAUGCCAAUGUAUUUGCAGUCUGUCCAGGGCUCAUCCCCGAUGCGCUCAGGUGUCUUGAUCCUCCCACUGGUGGUGAUGGAGGCAUUCUCCGGAAUGUUGACUGGAGCCAUCAUCCACCGCACAGGUCGUUACCUCGAGCUUAUCUGGGCCGGUCUUGUUCUGUUGACAGUUGGAAACGGCCUCUACAUCAACCUAGGCGUGGACUCGUCCAUCGGCGAGAUUGUCGGAUACCAAAUUCUCAGCGGCCUAGGAGCCGGCUUCCUCUUCCAGACACCCAUCAUUGCCAUCCAAGCAAUGGUAUCACAAGAAGACACAGCUACCGCCACCGCAACCCUCGGCUUCAUCCGCAACAUGGCAACUGCCUUCUCCAUCGUGAUUGGCGGUGUCGUUUUCCAGAACAGCAUGGGCGAGAGACAGGGUAGCUUGUUGGCUGCCGGUAUGUCAGAGAGCAUGGCAGCGCAGAUGUCUGGAGAUUCUGCCGCUGCAAGUAUCGAAUCUAUCAAGGAUAUCACGGAUCCUGUGCAAUUGGCUGCUGUGCGGGAGGCAUUUGCUUGGAGUUUGAGGAACAUGUGGAUCCUCUACACUUGCAUGUCUGCGCUUGGGAUUCUCUUCUCGGCCUUCAUUCUCAAGGCAAAACUGAACAAGGAGCAUGUGGAAACCAAGACGGGGCUCAAUGUGGAGAAGACACCUGUUGAGACAUUGCAGACUCUAUAA